CCAUAACCUCACAAUAUACGUCCGUCUCGCUCUCUCGCAAAGCCUCCCUCUCUCUCGCUCGGUCUCUCCGGCAGCGAGCUGAUGCUCGCCGAGUCCGAGCGCACACUCCGCCGCCAGUUGCGCCUGAUAAUUCGUACGCGUCCGACCGUCUCCGUGCGCGUUGCGCAGAGAGAGAGCGACAAUACAGAGUUGAUUUCUCCGUGUACAUAUAUACGCGCGCGCACACAGAAACGCAAACACACACAUGCAGCAGGUAUAGGAUCGCGCGGCCCCGCGUACAGUACAGAGUCGAGCGGACACCUGGAGGCAGUCGGUUCCCGAGGGAGACGGGAGGAGCGAGAUAGCGCGAGCCACGCAGAACUGAAGGGAAGAGCGGCGCACGCGGAAGAAGAGGCACAACAACAGCCGGAAAUGUAAGAGCGCGGCGUUACGCGAGGCUAGCUGGAAAAGCGGUGAGUGUCUGCCACGAUCAUCCCGAUCCGCCCCAAUGCUCUCCGUCACAAACGGUUAAACGGAUACGCCGAUCGGACGUCUCUCAUAUGGACUGAUAGUCUCUGCUACGAGAUGUGAGAUGAGGCCUCGACAUCAGCAAGACUCAGCCCGAGAUGGAAUCGCCUUCGGCCGAGCAGCAGCUGACGGCAGAGGCCCAAGAGGAUUCCAGCUCAGUGGAGGCUCUCCUACUGCAGUGCGCGACUACGAGCAGCAACGACGACGACAACGGCCUCUUACUGCUGGAAAGGUCAGCCGAGCAGGAUGUUGCCAGCGGCUCAGCUACGGGCUUUGCCUUUCUCGAUGACCUGGGACAGAUAGCCAGCAACGACGACGGCGCAGCGCCGGCUAAUCUCUGCAGCGAGCCUCUUCUCCAAGACAACGACAUGGGCAGCUACGCGUCCAGGAACGAAUCCGCCGAGGAAUUUAGGUUAGAGGACAGCAGCGUCGAGGAGGCCUGCAGCAACCAGGUCGCGAGUCAGCCGAGUCCCCCGCCGACGAGGCGAAGGCCGACCGCGGACUUCCAGCCGAUCGGCGUCGAGGUGUCCGAGGAGAAGGCCCAGCAGCUGAAGAACGACGUGAAGCGGCUCUCGCCCGUUCACGUGAGCCUGCGCGAGCGGACCCUCGGCGAGAUAUCGCUGACCAGCUCUGACUGUGCCAGCAGCGGUGCUAGUUGUGCUAACGGUGCCGGUGCGGCGGCGGAGCCCGACGAGAGGGACGAUCGGGACAAGAGUGCCGAGUCGGCCGAUCGAUCGUGCGCGUCGAGACUGAGUAGUAGUAGUAGCAGCAGCAGCAGCAGCGCUAGUGAUAGUGUGGGCAAGGGCCACCGGGAGCUGGUGAUCCGACUGUCGCGCGUCGACGACGGACGGCCGAUCAGCAGCCCGACGAGCCUGCUCGACCUGAGGAACGACGAGGACUUUGCCGCGGAGCUGAACGGCGUCGACAUGAGCGCCGAGGCCAAGACCGAGGAGGAGGCGGCGGCGGCGGCGGCGGCGGCGAGCUGCCCCUUCGGCGCGAACCUCGUGCUGGAGCGCUGCAACGCGCCGGGCUUCGCCGAGAACCGCGUGCUCUCGAGCUGCGGCCGAGUCACGCUGCUCGACAAGUUCGAGGCCAAGAGCAUCGUCGAGAAGCUGCACAUCGGCGACGAGAUCGAGUUCUCGAGCCCGAGCUCGCAGCAGCAGCCGCAGCCGGUGGGCUUCGCCGAGAUGGAGGAGGGCGAGAUCGAGGCCGGCUCCGAGGACGUGCUCGCCUCGAUGGCGGCGGCCGCGGCCGGGCUCGCCGCGGCGACGGCCUGCGAGGACGGCCUCGCCCAGGAGAUCAUGACGAGGCUCGAGCAGGAGCGGCCCGAGCCCUUCACCGAGGACUCGGCCGAGAGCCUCGCCCUGGCCGCGGGCGUGCGCGACGAGGUGAGGUCCGACGGCAGCGACUCCGGACUGGGCAGCGAGAUGCCCGGGGACCCCUGCCCGGCGCCCGCCCCCGAGAGCGACUCCGAGACCUCCUUCCUCGACAGGAUACCCGACGACAUUCUCGCCGACAAGGACAAACCCGCGAGUCAGCUGGACGGCUACGCGGUGGUCGAGCUGCCCAAGGUGCUGCCGCUGCUCCGGGCGCCGGCCAAGAGCAGCCUCAAGCGCCGGCUGACGGACUGCCUGGAGGACGCCGAGCAGCCCGACAGCAAGCGGCCCAACGUCGAGGAUCAGGCGGCCUCGUCGCCGGGCGGCAAGAAGAAGCGCAACAUCCAGUUCGACGCGGUGACGGUCUACUACUUCCCGCGGGCCCAAGGCUUCACCUGCGUGCCUUCCCAGGGCGGCAGCACGCUCGGCAUGUCGGCCACGCACACGCACGCCGAGCGCUUCUCGCUCUCGGAGCACGCGGCCGAGCAGCGCCGGCUGCACCGCGCGCGCCUGGCCCAGCUGCGCUCGGAGCGCGCGGCCAACUGCACGGCCGAGGCCGCCUCGAGCUCCGAGGACCCGAGCGACGACACCGACGAGGAGCCCAGCGACACCGAGGAGCUCGACAUCGACAGCUACUACUUCCUGCAGCCGGUGCCCACCUGGCAGAGGCGGGCCCUGCUGCGGGCCGCGGGCGUGCGCAGGAUAGACGCCAUGGAGAAGGACGAGUGCCGGGACAUCCGGGCCAGCCGGGAGCACUGCGGCUGCGGCUGCAAGGGCUACUGCGACCCCGAGAGCUGUCCCUGCAGCCGAGCCAACGUCAAGUGCCAGGUCGACCGGCAGGGCUUCCCCUGCGGCUGCUCGCGCGACGGCUGCGCCAACAGCUCCGGCCGCAUCGAGUUCAACCCCGUCCGCGUGCGCACGCACUUCAUCCACACGCUCAUGCGCCUCGAGCUCGAGAAGAAGCCGGCGCACCGCGACGUCGAGGAGGCCCACCAGGAGAGCCACAACCACCACCACCACCACCACCACCACCACCACCACCAGAGCCGGCUCAUGGAGACGGCCGGCGACUGCGGCCUGGCCGCGAGCCUCACCGGUGCCGGCUUCACCGGCCUCCACUACUCCGACAGCCAGGACGGCGGCGCGCGCACCGACAGCCUCGACCUCUACACCAUCCGCGACGACUGCUACGCCGCCGAUGACUGCCUGGUGGUCGGCGCCGACCCCCAGCAGCAGCAGCAGCAGCAGCAGCAGCAGCAGCAGAGGAAGCUGCACUCCGAGUUCGGCCAGGGCUUCCAGCACUACGGGCCAGCCCAGGGCCCCAGCGUUGGCUUUCAGCAGCAGAACCCCUACGCCGACUACCAGAGCUACCAGUCCAUGCCCUCGACGUCCAGGUCGCCGUUUCAGCCGCAGUUCCAGCCGGUCGCAACGAAUACCAGCUUCUCGCACUACGGCUCGUACUCGCAGGAGCCAACCCCCGGUACGAGCUCCAACGGCUGCCUUCAGACGCACUCGCUCAUGCAGCAACAGUCGCAGCAGCACAGCAACAUCAUAUACGACGCGCCAUUCGCGCAGGACGAAGUCACCGGCUCCCAGUACACCAACCUCAACUCGAUCCAGCCGAUGAGUUCGGUGGGCCAGCAAAUCGGAAAGCUCGAGCCCUUCUCGGAGCUGCUCUCUGCCAGGUAUUCCUACUACGGCGAUGUCGUCGAUCAGCAGCCGCAGAAUCACCACCAGCAUCAACAGCAGCAACCGCAGCAGCCGCAGGAGCAACAGCAACAACAGCAUCACGGCGUUUAUCACGCGAACGGUGAAAAGAUGGAGAUGGAAAAGGGCGACGAGAUGCUCGUGAACGAGCAGCAGGAGCAGCUGGCCGAGGAGGACUGCGACGAAAAUUUCGGCGAGAUUAUCAAAAAGUCCAUGGUCGAGACUGUGUCCGCCUAGGUUGCUAAUCGGGAAUAGAAAAUUCGUAGGGUUUCGAAGAUGUCUUGGAAGUUCUUGUACGCGUAAGGGGAACCGAAUUUAAGAGCUUACUUUUAUCAAUUCUUUUGUAAAUGCUGGUGCCUCCCGAGUUUUUAAAACUUAUAUAUAUAUAUAUAUAUAUAUAUAAUGCACGAUUGAUACACAAUUUCACAAACUGAAAUAUGCCAUAUUGCAUAUUAUUCCGACGAAUGAUUUCAAACGUCUUUUUAAAAUUAUUCUCGAUCAAAUGAAUUAUUUACAAAUUAUUUACAAUCUUUUUGAAAGUGUUUCAAUAAUUAUGUUGUGCUAUAUAGCAAUUAUAUCGUGCAAUACUGUAGAUACAGCGUAGAAUUUAAUACUGGUGCAUCAAUAUCGUUUUUAAUGUUUCGAAAGUAGUCUCUUGAAUUACCCUGUCUGUGUUUAGCGCCGAUUGAAAUACGACGAUCGGUUUAAAUUUGAAUAUGUAUAAGUUGACGCGUUGUAUGAUUUGAUUCAGUGUGAAAAUUUAAAGAGCUAUCAUCUGUUACGAUUGCAGAGAUGUCUAUGACGCAAAGGUUGAUAUGAUCUAUUGCCGAUCGAAUACUUUGAUCCUGUUGUAUAUUUUCGAGGCAUGCAUUUGAUCGGUUCUAAGUGCAGGCGUGACCGUUGUAUUUUACUCUCCAUAGAAUUUAGGAUUCCAAGACGCAUCUGGAAAAUCCCUAUUUUCUAUUUAAAGUACGUCUAUAGCAGGUGCGGCGUAGUAGUAUCUGAGUUUCGAAUCAAUCGAGAAAGUCUUGAGGAAACGCGCUGUCGAUUAUCGAUUGCCAAGUCUCAGGCAUAGGCGAAUCUUUAUAGGUGAAAAUAAAGCGCAGAAAUGUUCUGUUAUGGGCACAGUAGCCUAGGAAUCUUGAAAAGUUGCUUCUUAUUUGCGAUGUGGCGAUGCUCUAAAAUUGUAGAUGCAAGGGAAUGACGUUUGUGAAAGUAUGUAAUUACUUUGUGAAUAAUGAUAAUUAAAAGCAAUUAAAAGAAAAAUUUUUUAACUGAAACGCGGUUAUUCGAUGAGUAAAAAAAUUAUGCAUAAUCGUAGAGAGAGAGACGUAAAGCAACUUAUCAAGAUUUUCUCGGAGUUUUAAAGGGUGCGUCCUCCCGGGAUGGAUGCCGAUACGUCAAGAUGCGAUAAUUUCGACUAACACGACUUUGUAAAGGGUCGCGUAAAACGAAACGCGCAACGAUAAUGAGCAAUUUUAGAAUGUCGAUGGAAAUGUCGUUUUCCAUUGAAGAAAAGCAUUUUAGAGUAUUAAACAACUCCUUUAUGAGAAAUGAUUGCCGAUAAGAAUAAAAAAGAAAAAAAAAUAACGAGAGAUUCAACGAGGUUGUGACCAAAAAAUUAUGGGAUCAGCUUAGAAUGCAAUUUAUAUAGUAAUUUAAAUGAAAUUUAUAGAAGAAUGAAUCAGCGCGUAAAUUGGCAAAUUCUCUCUUGCAACGCGGUUCGGUGUAACAACCGAUCGUUGUUUCGUUUGGUUAAGGAAAUUAUUAUUGUGUAAAAUUUAUCGUAUAGAUUUGUCUAGAGGGAAACUUGGUCGAAGGCUAACAAGAUAGAGGCUUCCAAAUUUUCCGUAGAUUCUUAAUUGUGUAUCGAACAUUUUUUUUUUUUACAUUUCUAACAUAUUCAUUUUUUCAUUGCGAAAGCUAUGAGAAAAUUAGAGGACCAUAGGGACGAGGAGUUCUAUUGACUCCUCGUAUUAUGAGUAAAAUUAAAAAAGGAAAAAACUCAAGAUACCAAUAUAACAUGAAGGCAUUCUGUAUGGGGUUGCAAACCGCGUAAAUAAUGUAAACGUAAUACUCUAAUCGAAAGAUUGAUUGGUUGCCUUGCUUUGUUUAAUUUUCAAGCACGCCCUUGCUAGUAGUAAAAGUUUUCGAACAAACCUAUUUAGCAUCCCGGGACGUUGAUCGCUAAAAUCCUUGAUUAAUCCAAGUACUAAUGCAUAAGAUGAAAUAAUGAUAUGAUAGUGUUAAAUUUAUACAUACGAUAUUAUAUAUGAAUAUAUAUUAUAUAUAUUACAUCGGACGUGUCAGUUCCCGAGUGUUUUUCCCGGCGAAACACUUCCGUUUUUCUUUUUUGAUUGUAUAUCGAUAUACAAGACGCGCCUGCGAUGCGAUUUUUCGUCGCGGGUUAUGUAAAAAUAUUGAAGGGGUAACAAGUACGCGAAAUAUCGGUUUGGUUCGAUUUCGACGCUCGCGCUGGAAUUAUUGGCUGCGCGAGCGACUUCGAUCGAGGUUCUGCGUUAUAUAUGUUAUUAUACGAUGCGAGGGACGUGACACCUCCAUACGACAUAUAAAUAUAAAAAAAAAAUAAAGAAAAUCCAUAUACACUACGUACAGUAUGUAAGUAACUUUUAGAUUAUUUGAGUAAAAAAGGCAUACAUAGUUUAUAGUGUUUUAUUAAAUGUUGUGAAAAAGUG